GUCUCUCUCUCUCUCUCUCUAAUCUCAACCAUGCCCCCAACUGCAGGAACCGUAGCUUUACACUCUUCCCUUUGCUCCAUCCCUUCAGAGAAACCAUCUUCUUCUUUAAGAUCAACACUUCAAGUGGCUCCCAAACCCAAAAGCGUCCUCCAGAACCACCCACUUUACACCCCAACCAAUGCAAAACUCUCCCUUGAAUUCAAAGAGAAAAUCCUCUGCCUUGAGGUAAUGGGUGUUGAUGCUGGUAAAGCACUAUCCCAAAACCCUGACCUCCGCACAGCUACCAUGGAAUCCAUUCACUCCAUUAUCUCCUUCCUUCUGUCUAAAGGCCUCCAUGAGAAGGACUUGCCCAGGAUCUUUGGCAUGUGCCCCAAGAUUCUCACCUCUGACAUCAAAACUGAUCUUAGCCCAGUUUUUGAUUUCAUCUUGCGUGAACUCAAAGUCCCAGAACACAGCUUUAGGAGGGUUGUCAAUAAGUGCCCAAGAUUGCUUACAUCUAGUGUGAAAGACCAGCUUAAGCCAGCUUUGUUUUACUUGAAAAGACUUGGAUUUAAGGAUAUGGGGGCCUUGGCUCAUCAAGAUUCUGUUCUGCUGGUGUCUAGUAUAGAAAGGACCCUCAUCCCUAAGCUCAAAUUUUUGGAGGAUUUGGGGUUUUCCAAGGAACAAGUUAGAAGUAUGGUGUUGAGAUGUCCAGCAUUACUCACUUUCAGCAUAGAAAAUAAUUUUCAGCCAAAGUACGAGUAUUUUGCUUCUGAAAUGGGGAGAAAACUGGAGGAGCUGAAAGAGUUUCCUCAGUACUUCGCUUUUAGUUUGGAGAACAGGAUAAAGCCUAGACAUAUGGAGGUUGUGCAAAGUGGGGUCCACUUACCUUUGUCAGUGAUGCUUAAAAGCACUGAUGAGGAAUUUAGGGAACUGAUAAAGCUGGGGGGUGGAUGACUAUAAUAGGAGCAUUCUGUAUGUGUAUUUAUUAAUGUGAAUGCAUAGUUUCCCAAUGAAGUUAGAAUAUUUGAUACAUUGUUUAUAUGCUUCGUAUUUUCGACUUCCUUAGUAAAGACUCCAUAAGCGACAUACUUGAUAUUGUUGGCAAGUUGUUUUGUUAAAUCUUUGGCAGCCCUUUUAUGCAAUGGACUAUGUUGAU